AUGACUCAACUCUUCUCUGCGUAUUCCAGCCGCACUUCGAUAACCUUGACGCCAGGAAAGCCUGCCGCUCUUGAAAGAGUGAUUGAGAUACUCCGAGAGCAUAAGAAUGGCGAUUGUUAUGCGUACGAGCGCGGAGGAGAAUGGUACCUAGGCAUCGGGACCCACUCAUCGCUCGCGAUCGACGCCACUGGGUGGACAGCGACUGUCUCAGCCGAAUAUAAGGGAGAAUCGCACCCAGUCGCCGGUUCAUUAGCUGGUAUCACAAGAUUUUUUGUGUCGAUGCAUACCGACGACACCCGCAAGGUCUUUGUGUAUGUCGGCUUUACCUAUGCUGCACAUGCACGCGGCAUACCAUACACUGCCGGUCGAUGGCCGCUCCUGAGUUUGAUGAUCCAGCGCGUCGAGGUUCCUUUCUCUCGAGACAAGGUAAUCUUGACCGGAUGCGACAACGUAGAAGUGAGAGGAUUAGCCGACUUGAUCAACGAUACCAACAGCUGCGACCAUACUCCCAUUGAAAGUAUUGACACACAGGAUAAUGCUGGAGAGUACACGGCUCGAGUCGAGAGAGCACUAGCGAAAAUCGUCGACGGCAAGUAUACGAAGGAUAGUGUUAUUGUUGAAGACCUGAUGUCAGUUCGGCCUCGAGGCAGUGUUCAGCACCUCGGGUCUACGGUGUCCGGCUGCCUCAAGCCGGAGAAGGAUCCGUGGGACACCUUGGAAGUCUUAUUUCCCUCUAUCACUGCAUCUGGUAUCCCAAAGCAGGCGGCUCUGGAGGGCAUUCAGCGCCUGGAAAAACGUCCUCGCGAGCUGUACUUCGGGGCCGUUCUGCUGAUCCACGGCAACAUGACCCUUGAAGCAGCACUCGUUCUGAGGACCGUGUUCCAGGAUCCGGUUCGCCAGUGGGUGCAGGUCGGUGCGGGAGUGAUCGCACAAUCGACACCGGUGCGAGAGCUCACUGAGACUGGAGAAAAAUUGGCGAGCAUAGCUCCGUUCGUCGUUUCAGAGACAGCGAAAUAA